GCGAGAAAAGGCACGGAUACGAUCCAACAAACCUUUUCUAUCCGCGGACGAAACGAAGGGGGCCGUCAAGAAUUCCGAUGGCUCGCACUGGUGCGCUCUAUCUCCUCUCCUACAACUCCCUCCAGUCCCUCGGAUGGGCGCUCGCCCUCGCCAGGGUCCUCAGCAGCUACUUCUCCACCAAAUCUGUCAAUGGAGCCUACGCCUUCGCCGGAGACCUCAUCUGUUUUCUGCAGACGAUUUCGUUCGUCGAAGUCGUCCAUGCGGCUGCCGGCUUGGUUCCUAGUGGGGUUAUGCUUGCGCUGAUGCAGUGGGGAGGGAGGACCCAUUUCCUAUUGGCCAUUCUUCGCCAAAUUCCGGAGGUUCAAGGCCUACCAUCAGUUUUCAUAACCUUUAUGUCUUGGAGCAUGACUGAGGUGAUAAGAUACCCACAUUAUGCUUUGAGUUGCAUUGGGAUUUCUCUAUCAUGGCUAACUUACCUCAGGUACACUGCUUUUAUCAUUCUGUACCCCAUUGGGAUAGCUCCAGGCGAAAUGUGGCUCAUGUACCAAGCACUUCCAUUCAUAAAGGAGAGGAACCUUUAUGCAGACUUCUUUGACAGGCUCUCAAUCAGCUACUACCAUUUUGUUUUGGCUGUGCUGAUAUGUUAUCCAGCUUUGUGGCUGAAGCUAUAUCUGCACUUAUUUAAACAACGGCGAUCCAAGUUGGGGAAGCAUCAAACUAAGAAAAAAGUUUGAACUGAUCAUGUGUUCAAUCACCAUCAAUAUUUGCUGGAGAUAAGAAAUUCAAUGUCGCGAAUGGUUUGGCAUAUUACCAACUGGUUUUACUGUUUAGGUUACCAAUGACUCCAGAUUAUCUAUUUCAUGCAUCAUCUUAAAAUGCUAAGAUCUAAAGAUCUGAUGUCUGUUUAGUUGCUUCAAUUUUAGUCUUUUUCUUGGUGAUGAAGAAACAUAAACUAAAGACCAGUGGAUUUUUCUUAAUACAUAUAUGACGUCUAUCCAUUUUUAUGAAACAA